CUGCUACUCGCGCCUUCUCCUCCGGGCGAGCAGGGUCGGCGCUGCGCAUCGGGCGCUCCUCUGGGGGAAGCGGCGCGAUGGAGCCGCUGGCGCUGACGCUGGGGCUAGCGGCGCUGCUGGGACUGUCUUCUGCUGUCUUGGAAGUAAAAGUCGCCCACACUUUAGUGUCCGUGAUCCAAGGAAAGCAGGCCAUACUUCCUGUCUGGUAUACAUCCACAAGUGUCAGUGUGCCCUUUGUCACCUGGCACCGGGAAAGACCUGGGGAGCGUUUUCAGAUCCUGGCCUUUAUGUAUCAGACCACCAAAGUGGAAGACCCCGAUCUCAAGCAGCGCCUUGGAUUUUUGUUCCCUAUGCCUUUUCACAACGUCUCCAUUGUAAUUAAUAAUACCAAAGAAAUAGAUUCUGGCCAGUACAUGUGCACCGUGAACAUUCCGGAUGACAGUUCGGUGAAUGGGAGAAACAUUGGACUGGUUAACCUCACUGUCCUAGUCCCACCAUCUCCACCGAAGUGUCAGAUACGUGGCAGUGCCCUGGUUGGGGGCAACGUGACCAUGUCCUGCAAAUCUGCUUUUGGAAAACCUGUCCCAGAUUACCACUGGCAGCGGACAGAGCCCAGCUCCCAGUUUUUCUUUGCACCUGCACAAGACACAGAGAAGGGGAUGCUGAUGCUGACCAAUCUUACUAUCGAGAUGUCUGGGGUGUAUUUCUGCAAUGCCUCCAGCUCAGCUGGCCAUUCCAACUGCACACUCACUCUGGAAGUGCAUCCACCAUUCAAUACAGCAGUGGUGGCUGGUGCAGUCGUGGGAACCCUCCUUGGACUUGGCCUGAUCAUCUUUUUUACACUUCAGAUGUUUGUCUACCAAAAGAAAAAGAAAGAAGCUCAAGAAGAGGUAGCCAAUGAGAUCAAGGAAGAUGCUGUUGCUCCCAAGACGCUCUCCUGGGUGAAAAAUUCCGGCACUGAUGGAGUCUUCAAAAAUGGCACGUUGUCAUCCAUGAACACAACCCAGGAUCAGAAACCAUACCAAGUUCAUCCUGCCUCGGACACAGCCUCCAUCACCACUGCUGCAGGAAGCAUGGUGGGUUUCAAGCCCCCAUUCACCGACCCCAGAAAUGGAACACUCACGCCGACACCCAGCCUUUCCAGUCAAUCUCUGCCCCUCUAUUUUCCACCAGUGGUCAAUGGGGUCCAAUGCCAUCAUGCCAAUGUGCCCAUCCACAGGAAUACCCUCCACCGGACAAACAGGGCUCAGCCACAGGCACCCCAGCAGCAGGAGUCCCCCAUCCCCACUUCUCAGGGGUUAACUGCCUCCACUCUAAAUCGCAUGGGAGCAGUGCCCGUCAUGGUGCCAGCUCAAAGCCAAGCGGGAUCUUUGGUGUAAAUGUUCUGUAACUCCAUAGCUCUCUCUGUGGCAAACAGUUUGACUCAUCCCAAGCAAUGCCAAGAGACUUGCUUACAUAAUGCUGCUUUGCCAGCCUGUCUGCAGAGGCCAAGGGUCUGGGUGUGGGGUGGGGCUUGGAUUUGUUCUUUAAGUGACCAAUUGUCAGGACUUUGCCAUAAGUGAGACCUUACAGGGACUUCUGAAAAGGACUUUUUUUGGUAACCGGAAGAGCUUCUGUUUAUCUCUCAAAUCUUAUUCUUCUUGGUGCACCAACCCUAUUCUGUCUUCUCUGCAAAUCUACCUAACAGAGGCUAUGGUUAACUGGAUAAAAAUAUAUAUAUAAUUGUUUGCUCUCUACCAUGACUCUUAAUGUUGAAGAAGAAUGGCAGGCUGUGAUUUACUGUCUUGGCUUAGAAUAAAGCACCAGAAGGUACAGUAGAUCUGAUGUCUGUAAGCAAAAUGGGGCAUUCUAUCCCAAUACAUCUAAGAACUAGCCCGGGGAGAGCCUCCAGGCACUUAGGGAGAGAAGGUAAAGAUAAUUGAAACCUGCCUGGCUCCAUGUCAGAAGUCUACACAUUCUAGAAACCUGCAGAAAUCAAGAAAGUGAUAGAAUCUCAGCUGUCAUGUUAAAGCAUGCAAGUUAGGUAGCACCCUGGACAGCUCCAGGUUGGAGCAUCUUCAGAAGCAUCUCAAAUGAUGCUUCUUCACCAGACAAAUAAGAGAUGACCUAAACAGGGUCACAGCUCUAUUGAAAAGAUAAAACCACCUUUCCACUGAGCUAGAAUUCUGCUAAUUUUGUGCAGUCAUCCACACAGCUUUAUUGCCAGCAAUACAGGAUUGGUUUGGUAUUGCUUUGAUCUGAAAGGAUGAUGGUUCUUCGUUUUCCAACUUGCUGGUCUAGCCUACAGCUGUGGUUUUCCCUACAAGUCUGCUUUGUAUUCUCUGGAAGUCUCCCUCACCCAAAGGAAGUCAGCCAGUUGCUCUGAAUGAACACACUGUUCCUUCCUGGGCAGAAUAUCCUUUUUUUGCUCCAAAACCUCUUCUAUUAUUUAUUUAUUUUUAAAAAGAAUCUUAGGAUAAAUGGAAUCCCUUGUAUUACUGUUGUUGUAGGACUGUCACACCUGCAGUGUUGAUGCUGGAAAAUACACUUUUGAUCUGAUUUGUGUUCUUCCAUCCCUUAUUGAUCCACCCAGGAACUCCACCCAGAACGUCUACAUGAGUGUUUUUGAAACUUGGCAACUUUAAGAUGUGUAGACUUCAGCUCUCAAAAUUUCCCAGGCAGCAUGCUGGGUGGGGAAUUCUGGGAGCUGAAGUCCAUACAUCUUAAAGUUGCCAAAUUUCAAAAAUACUGCCCUACGUGAUCUUGCUGUUAAGGCCAAAUGCUGCCUCAGGUCUAUCAAAAUAUUGCAUCUUCCAUAAUACUAAGAAUUUUAUUUGUUAGAUUAUAGAAUAACUUUCUACCAGGCUUCUGAAACAGAUUGUUUAAGGGCACCUUUUGCAUCUUAAUAUAUAUUGUGCAAUUAUGUUUAUUCAAUGGACAAGUUCCUAUAUUCCUUUUUCUUUUUUUUAUAAAUGUAGUUGGAGUAAAUAAUUUAUACUUAUAGAUAUUAACAGGUCUGUGAAUCUGGACUGGAGUCCUCUAACCAUUUUCAUGCUAGCUAUUUUUAUUUUUAAAUGGCAAUAAGAUCCUUCUGUUGUGUGAGAAGGUAGGAAUACACUGAAGUAUUUUUAUGUACAAUUUUGAAAUGUAUUAUUUUUCAUAAACAAUCAUUAAAAGUAUUUGUUUUUAUAUCAACUAAAACAAA